UUGCGUAUUUGUUCAGCACAUUUUGAGGGUGGUGAGAAACGAGAAGGCGAUAUACCAGUAGCAGAUCCACAGGUUGAUCCACCGAUAUCAAUAGUGCUUCCACCAAAGGAACUAAGAACAGUUGAACGUCGUAAAAGUGGUGCGCCAGACUCGUUGCGAGGAAGGCAUACAAGGAAAUCUGCUAGGGCAGGUCCAUCGUCGUUCAGGAGUUUCGUGAAAACUUUGCAAGGAGACGACGUCUCAUUAAACGAUUCAAACCCUCCGUGCAGCUCAAAACAUUCAGUAACAACAACAACAUUAUUAUCAUCAAAAACUAUUACCGCAACUUCGCUUUAUCCUUCUCUUCCUCUUUCUUCCUCAUCUUCGCCACUUCCUUCUCGUCCGGCUGCAUCCGUUGCUGUUGUACAGUCUUCUCCACUACAAUCGAAAUUAAUAAAUUUAAAAUAUUUAUUUCUUGGAAAAAUUUGUAUCUUUAAAGAGCUUCGGAUUAUAGUGAGUGGUCGCAUGUCAAACGGUGCGACGGCAAAGCCAUUAGUGGCUUUGUUAGAUGGACGUGAUUGUUCAGUUGAGAUGCCUGUCUUGAAGGAUAUUGCAACGGUAGCGUUCUGUGAUGCCCAGUCUACUCAUGAAAUACAUGAAAAGGUUUUGAAUGAGGCGUUUGCUGCACUGAUGUGGCACUCUAUCACUUUGGAGAGGGAAGAUCUGGAAAAGUUUAAAGCCUUACGUGUUGUGGUUCGUAUCGGUACCGGUGUUGACAAUAUUGAUGUUAAGGCAGCUACGGAGCUUGGCAUUGCCGUGUGCAACACUCCUGGUGACUGCGUUGAAGAAGUUGCUGAUACCACAAUGUCAUUAAUUUUGAACUUAUAUAGGAGAACAUACUGGCUUGCAAAAGCUGUUACUGACGGCAAGAAGGUUAGAAUUAUUGCCUUUUAUCAAGGAAUUGCGAUCGUUGUGAUUUUGGUGACAGGAGUUGAACAAGUUCGUGAGUUAGCCAAUGGCAGCGCAAGGAUACGCGAUGACACUUUAGGGAUCAUUGGUUUAGGAAGAAUUGGUACUGCUGUAGCCAUGCGAGCGAAGGCAUUUGGUUUCAAAAUUUGCUUUUUUGACCCACAUUUACCUGAUGGCGUAGAAAAAGCUCUUGGCAUCGAACGAUGCUUUAAUUUGGAUGAUAUUUUGUAUAAAUCGGAUUGUUUGACUCUGCAUUGUCCGUUAACUGAAGAAACUCGGCACAUGUUGAACGAUAUAACAAUCAAACAGAUGCGGAAAGGAGCAUUCAUUGUAAAUACAGCUCGAGGAGGUUUAAUACAAGAGAGCGCCCUCAGCGAAGCUUUGAAGUCUGGACGUAUUAGGGCAGCGGCACUAGACGUCCAUGAACACGAACCAUUUGAUUUUACUGCACUUGGCCCUUUAGCAUCCGCUCCGAAUAUUAUCCACACUCCUCACGCAGGAUGGUUCUCCGAUAUAUCUUGCAAAGAAUUAAGGCUGUCAGCUGCACGUGAAGUUAGGAGGGCCAUUCUUGGGCGAAACAUACCUCAAGACCUCAGUAACUGUGUGAAUAAAGAUGCUUUAUUGAACUCUCAUUUGCGAAGGCCGGAGCCAUCAGGAACACCUAAUGUUUCAACGUUCAAUCCUUUGUCCGCAAUGCCGUCUUUUGGUCCCUCCAUUGCCGACGGCUUCAACGGUUUACCUGUGGGGAGUAGUCUUUCCGGUUUCCCUUAUUCGACACCUUUACUUGCAAUGGGUAACUCUUUAUUAAGUCCUCUCAUGAUGAAUGCCAAUUCGGCUUUAGCAUCUUUCGCCAGUGCUGCGGCAAAUACUCACCACACGCCAGGUCUUCCAUCUCUUACAACUCCUUCGUCAGCUUCGCCAGCACCACGCCAAUCCCCCGCCGUUCAAGUAUCGCAUUCGCCCAAGCCGGGUUGUAAUUCUCGAUCUACCGUUUCGCCAUCGGUGCGUUCAACUGUCUCCCCAGAACAGGUGGAAGUUAAGGAAGAAUCGGGGGAGGGGUCGCAGCACUCCUUGCAGCAGCAAGCGGUCAAUUCAAAUUCAACAUCCUCUUGUAAAGCAAAUACUCUUUUAAAGGCUCCCAACACAGACGCUUUGACAGCAGCGCUCUCAAAAGAAGCGUCAGCGGCACCAAGCGAAUGA